AUGGAAGAAAACAAAUACACACCACCUCAUGUAGUCAUGAUACCAAGUCCAGGCAUGGGUCACCUUAUCCCACUAGUUGAGCUAGCCAAGCUCUUUGUCCACCACCACAACUUCACCAUCACGUUUAUAAUCCCAACAAUUGGGUCUCAUCCACCCAAACCCCAAAUAUCCAUUCUUCAGACCCUACCUCCACAAUCCACAACCUACUUCUUUCUCCCUCCAAUUUCCUUUGAUUACCUACCACAAGAAACCAAAGCAGAAACAAAAAUAACCCUAGCUGUCUCACGCUCGAUUUCUUCGAUUCGUGACGUGUUCGAGUCCUUAGCUGAAAAUGCCAACUUGGUAGCAUUGGUGGUUGAUAUUUUUGGCACGGACGCUUUUGAUGUUGCACAUGAGUUCAAUGUGUCACCUUACUUAUAUUUUCCCUCUAUGACUAUGGCGUUAAUUUUGUUACUUUAUAUGCCUAAGCUUGACAGCUUGGUCUCUUCUGAAUACAGAGACUUGGCUGAACCAGUGAAGUUACCUGGGUGCACACCAAUUUGUGGUAGAGAUUUUCCAGAGCCAUUUCAGAACCGAAAAGAUGAAGCAUACAAAUUGUUUCUUCACCAUGGGAGAAGGGUUGGUUUGGCUGAGGGAAUUAUAGUGAAUAGCUUCAUGGAAUUGGAGCCAGAUCCUAUAAAGGCUUUGCAAGAUGAUAUUGAGCUUUGUAGGCCACCGGUUUACCCAAUUGGACCGCUUAUACAGACCGGUUCAUGUGGUUGGGCGGAAACGGCUGGUGGGUUAGAGUGUUUAAGAUGGUUGGAUGAUCAGCCAACUGGGUCUGUUUUGUUUGUGUCAUUUGGGAGUGGAGGUACUCUCUCUUCUGAACAGCACACUGAAUUGGCAUUAGGUCUUGAAAUGAGUGGGACUAAAUUUUUAUGGGUUGUGAGAAGCCCAAAUAACAAAGCUUCAAAUGCAUCAUUUUUUAGUGUCCAUAGCCAAACAGACCCUUUGGGGUGCCUACCAAAUGGGUAUGUGGAGAGGACCAAAAGGCAAGGUCUUUUGGUGCCAUCAUGGGCACCACAAACUGAGGUCCUUGGCCACGGCUCAGUUGGUGGGUUUUUAAGUCACUGUGGAUGGAAUUCAAUCCUUGAGAGCAUUGUGAAUGGUGUGCCUCUGAUUGCUUGGCCUUUGUAUGCAGAGCAGAAAAUGAAUGCAAUUGUGUUGAGUGAGGUUUUAAAAGUGGCAUUGAGGCCCAAAGCUGAUGAAAAUGGCAUUGUGGGAAGGGAGGAGAUUGCUAGGGUUGUGAAGGAACUAAUGGAAGGGGAAGAAGGGUUUAGGGUUCGUGAUCAAAUGAAUUAUUGGAAGGAAGCUGCUGCGAAGGCAAAGAGUGAAGAGGGUUCUUCUACAAAGUCACUAUCUGAGUUAGUGAUCAAGUGGAAGAAACACAAGAAGUAA